CUAAGCCUCACUUCCGACUCUUAUCACAUUUGUGGCGUGACUGGUAGGAUAAGGGAGAGCGAGAGCGAGAGUGAGAGAUGGGUCACGUCAUCCGACUGCUGCUUAUAAAUCCUCCUCCGUCUUCUUCUUCUUCCUCGCCUCUUCUCCACCUCCGGCGCCGGACUAGUCUCGACUCCAACUCUGUCUUCUCUCUGCGAACCUCAAUUACCAAAAGCAAGCCCAGAUUCUCUUGUCUUUUCUCCGGUGGCAACAACCAGAGGGAGGAGCAAGCUCGUAAAGCAUUGGAAAGCGCUCUUGGCGGGAAGAAGAAUGAGUUUGACAAGUGGGACAAAGAGAUCAAGAAAAGGGAAGAAUCUGGUGGUAAUGGAGGAGGAGGUGGAGGCUGGUUUGGAGGUGGUGGCGGUUGGUUUAGUGGCGAUCACUUCUGGAAUGAAGCACAGCAGAUUACCAUUACCCUCUUAGCAAUACUUUUCGUGUAUAUGAUAGUUGCGAAAGGUGGAGUAAUGGCUGCGUUUGUGUUAAACCCUUUGUUGUAUGCCCUGCGAGGAACACGAGAAGGUUUGACUUCUCUUAGCUCCAAACUCUCGGGAGGAAAUGCUUCGAAAGUUAAUGGUGAUAGCUCAGAUGAGAUGUGGAAGAAGGAUGGUUUUAGUGAGGUCUCUGCUAAAGAAAGCGUUGUCCGGAAAUGGGGAAGUGACUGAAACAAAAAGUUCAUAAAGUUGACUCAAGAAGAAAGCCUUUUGAGUUUCGUACGGUUUCUUUGAAACAUCAAGGAUGAGGUCAAAUGUAGUUUUGACUUGUUUCAGUUUUGUAAUGAAGGAUAUGUAUUAUUUUUGUGAACAAGAAAAGGAUUAACUUCUUUUUGAUUUAGCCUCAGUAAACAGGAAUAAGUAUUGAUUUAAUA